UCCUCGGGCGGGGCUGGGGGAAGGGGCGCUGGGUGUCUGGAGGGGGCAGAAGCAGAGGCGGCGGCCGAAGAUGGCGGGGUGCAGGGGUGUCCUGUGCUGCUGCUGCCGCUGGUGCUGCUGCUGCGGAGAGCGCGAGAGCCGCACCCCGGAAGAGCUGACUAUCCUUGGAGAAACACAGGAGGAAGAUGAUGAGAUCCUUCCCCGAAAGGACUAUGAGAGUUUGGACUAUGAUCGUUGUAUCAAUGACCCCUACCUGGAAGUGCUGGAAAGUAUGGAUAAUAAGAAAGGUCGAAGGUAUGAGGUGGUAAAAUGGAUAAUGGUGUUUGCUAUCGGAGUCUCCACUGGCCUGGUGGGCCUCUUUGUGGACUUCUUUGUACGACUUUUCACCCAGCUCAAGUUCCAUGUUGUACAGACCUCGGUCGAGGAGUGUAGCGAGAAGGGAUGCCUUGCCCUCUCCCUGCUGGAGCUCCUGGGCUUUAACUUGACUUUUGUCUUCCUAGCCAGCCUGCUCGUCCUGAUUGAGCCAGUGGCAGCCGGUUCUGGGAUUCCAGAGAUCAAAUGCUACUUGAAUGGUGUGAAAGUGCCAGGCAUUGUCCGCCUCCGGACCCUGGCGUGCAAGGUUCUGGGAGUGCUCUUCAGCGUGGCCGGAGGACUCUUUGUAGGGAAGGAGGGCCCCAUGAUCCACAGUGGUGCAGUUGUAGGUGCUGGACUCCCUCAAUUUCAGAGCAUCUCUCUGCGGAAAAUCCAGUUUAACUUCCCCUAUUUUCGAAGUGACAGAGACAAGCGAGAUUUUGUGUCAGCAGGCGCAGCAGCAGGGGUUGCUGCGGCUUUCGGGGCCCCCAUCGGGGGCACCCUCUUCAGCUUAGAAGAAGGUUCGUCCUUCUGGAACCAGGGGCUCACUUGGAAAGUGCUCUUUUGUUCCAUGUCUGCCACAUUCACUCUGAACUUCUUUCGCUCUGGAAUCCAAUUUGGAAGUUGGGGUUCUUUCCAACUCCCUGGGUUGCUGAAUUUUGGAGAGUUUAAGUGCUCUGACUCUGAUAAAAAAUGUCACCUCUGGACAGCUGUGGAUUUGGGUUUCUUCAUCGUGAUGGGGGUCAUUGGGGGCCUCCUCGGAGCCACAUUCAACUGUCUGAACAAGAGGCUUGCAAAGUACCGUAUGCGAAACGUGCACCCGAAACCUAAGCUUGUCAGAGUCUUGGAAAGCCUGUUGGUAUCCCUGAUGACUACUGUUGUGGUAUUUGUUGCUUCCAUGAUUUUGGGAGAGUGCCGGCAAAUAUCCUCUGCAAGUCAGAGUGGUAACGACUCCUUCCAGCCACAGGUUAUCUCAGAAGACGUCAAUGCAAGCAUCAAAACCUUUUUUUGCCCCAAUGAGACCUACAAUGACAUGGCAACGCUAUUCUUCAAUCCCCAGGAAUCUGCCAUUCUGCAGCUUUUUCACCAAGAUGGUACUUUCAGCCCCAUCACUUUGGCUUUGUUCUUUACCCUCUACUUCUUACUCUCGUGUUGGACUUACGGCAUGUCGGUUCCGAGCGGCCUCUUCGUGCCCUCCCUGCUCUGUGGAGCUGCCUUUGGACGCUUAGUUGCCAACAUUCUGAAAAGCUACAUUGGAUUGGGCCACAUCUAUUCAGGGACCUUUGCCUUGAUUGGUGCCGCAGCUUUCUUGGGUGGUGUGGUCCGAAUGACCAUCAGUCUUACAGUCAUCCUGAUAGAGUCCACCAACGAGAUCACUUAUGGGCUUCCCAUUAUGAUCACCUUGAUGGUGGCCAAGUGGACCGGAGACUUAUUCAACAAAGGCAUUUAUGACAUCCAUGUGGGACUGCGAGGGGUGCCGCUUCUGGAGUGGGAGACAGAAGUGGAAAUGGACAAGCUGAGAGCUAGUGACAUCAUGGAGCCCAACCUGACUUAUGUCUACCCACACACUCGCAUCCAGUCUCUGGUCAGCAUUCUACGAACCACAGUCCACCAUGCCUUCCCUGUGGUGACAGAGAAUCGUGGCAAUGAGAAGGAAUUCAUGAAAGGAAACCAGUUGAUCAGUAACAACAUAAAAUUCAAGAAAUCUAGCAUUCUCACCCGGGCUGGUGAGCAGCGCAAAAGGAGCCAGUCCAUGAAGUCCUAUCCCUCAAGCGAGCUCCGUAACAUGUGUGAUGAGCACAUCGCCACGGAGGAGCCGGCCGAGAAGGAGGAUCUCCUCCAGCAGAUGCUGGAGAGGAGAUACACACCCUAUCCCAACCUGUAUCCAGACCAGUCCCCCAGUGAAGACUGGACCAUGGAAGAACGCUUCCGCCCUUUGACCUUUCAUGGCCUGAUUCUUCGAUCUCAGCUGGUCACGUUGCUGGUCCGAGGUGUCUGUUAUUCUGAAAGUCAGUCGAGCGCCAGCCAGCCCCGGCUCUCCUAUGCCGAGAUGGCCGAGGACUAUCCUCGCUACCCCGACAUCCAUGACCUGGACUUGACUCUGCUGAACCCCCGGAUGAUUGUGGACGUCACCCCUUACAUGAACCCGUCGCCAUUCACGGUCUCGCCCAACACGCACGUCUCCCAAGUCUUCAAUCUGUUCCGGACGAUGGGCCUCCGGCACCUGCCGGUGGUGAACGCAGUGGGGGAGAUUGUUGGGAUUAUUACAAGGCACAACUUGACGUAUGAAUUUCUCCAAGGAAGACUAAGACAGCACUAUCAGACCAUCUGACCUCCACCACUCGCGCUCCAGUUACAAGGCAGCCCAUCCUCUCCUGGGGCGAGCCUCAGGGUGACUCAUUUACAUUCUGCCCUGGACCUCAGCUCUCCCAGCGUGGAGGAUUCACCAGUUGGUUUUACCCACGUACACACAAAGCUGGGAUUGUCAAUCAUUUAACUGGUCAGAGAGGUGAGGGGUUUUAGUUCACAGCAGAAACGCUGCCCGGCAGAGAGACUUCCCUGGCUGCUAUCUCCUUCCCCUCUCACACACUUCCUUGUCAUCAGAUGUUGACACUGGCCCCGGGCUCUUCAGCUCUCCCCGGGGACCAGAGGUUUAAAGUGCUCCCUCCUGAGCCCUGUCCUCCCCACUAUGGAGGAAGCUCAGCAUUUCAUCCCGGGCGCUCCUCCUCCAUCGCUGCUUUCCUGCUGCAGCUGAUGCCUUAGUCGAGGAAAGGGGAUUUUUGGCUUCGGCAGCACUGCUGUACUGCCAGCUGUAAAAUGAAGCGAAUAACUGCUGUGAGGAAGCGAGAACCUGACAGAGAUUCCUUCUCAGUGUGUGAUUCUUAGCUUGGUCCCCUGCUCUUUCUUUUGUGAUUCCACUGUCAUGCUUUCUUGGAGUCAGGGAGUACUCUGACAGUGGCCCCUGGCCUUGUGUGUGCUGCUAGGACAUUCCAGAAAGGUAGGAAUUAGAACAGGAGUCCUGGCGUUAUGAAAGGAGUCUCGGUGAGGAUAUCAGGGAUGCACACCCUCAGCAGGGAGUCCCCUUCGGGCCAGAGCUGCUCCCUCUACGUCUGUCUCCCGGCUCCCUUCCACCCUCCAUGUUUCCAGUUGCCUUUGGGCCCCUUACAGCUUAGACUUGCCCUGCCGAUGUGAAGUGAGUAGAUAGGAUGCUCCCAGCCCCUUUUCUUCUCCAAAGAUAACUAAGCAAAAGCAUCUUUAGUUCCAUCAGUUUUCUGGGGGAAGCAGCCCAAAGGCUUUUCUCAUCAUUCAAAGUUGUCCAGGAGAGCAGGGCACCCGUGAGUCUGAAAUUGUGUAGGCUUUUUACAUGAUGGCAGAAACUCGAUGGGUGAGGGCUUAAGCUGCUGACCCUGCUGGGCUUGUGCUGAGUGAGGGGGAAGAUGAGACCUGAGCUAUGGCGAGGGGCCCUCCCCUUCCUCCUUUGACCCCAGAGCUGAUGUGCUCACAAAGGCUUUGUGCUCCUCACGUUGCCCUGAGUUGUCCUGCCGGCAGCACAGGUAGCUAGGAGUCCCCCAGACUUCUCUCCCUUUCUGAUAGUUCACAGUUCUCCUCCAGGCUUUGGAUUAAAAGCACCACACAGCAGGCAGCCUCACCUCAUCUCUGGUAGCCGUUACUCACUUGCUCCACUUCCGCUGGAGCAGCUCCUUCUCUGAGCGGGACACCGGCUGGUCAGGCGUUGGUGGACGGGGCCUCCCGGUCCUUCUGCUGCUCCUUCCAGCUGUGUCCUCUGAGCUGGCCGCCCACGUGAUGCUUACAUCCCCUUUGACCCAAGAUAUCAUGAAUGGCAUCCUCUGCUUUUAGUUUUUUCCUCCUCCCUAGAAAGUGAGCUGCGCGCUUGCUUCGGCUCCUGUUUCCCUCCGUCACUGCUGCAAAGGCCUGGCCUGAUGUCCGAUUUGGGAAGUGGCGUCAGUCCCGGCUCGUAGUUCGUUUCUUAAAAUCAGCACAUCUGAAAGCGAAUUUCCCUAAAGAGCAAGGUGCUCUUGUGAAUCCUGCGGGUCUGACUUGGAUUCAGUUUGCCCGAGGUUCUUUAUCACUUUGACCAAAAUUACUGUAACUUGUUCCUAAAUUACUCAGUUUUUCUGGAUGGAGAAAAAAUUCCCCAUCAUCCAGGAAAUUUCUAGGACCAAAAUGCCAGAUCCCUUUGAAUUGGGUAUCUGUGUCUGAUUGUGAAAUCGGUUAACUACUGUGGUGACCACCAUUUUAACUUGUGAAAGAGUCCAGAUGCUAGUUUUCACUUCCUUUUUUCAUUUUUUUCCUUUUUAAAAAUCUCAUUACGAUUGACCAAGAGCUUUGAAAACCUAUUGCACUACAAAGACUGCACAGACCAGGAGAAUUACUCUCCAUUGAACAGGAAUCUAAGCCCUCGUGUUUUUCCUUCCCGUCUACCUCUCACACUGAAAGCGACGGGUUCCCCUUUGUGGUCUGCCUUCUCAUCUGGACAGCAAAUCCAUCUGGCCUUGCCCCGAGGUUACCUCAGUGUAGCAAUGCUGGCAUUUCCCACCCCAGUGCACAGACUCUCAGAUUAGGGGACACCCCCAAGAAAGGUUUUUCUGCUGUCACUGUGGCCUAGAAGGCAAAUCCGGUGGAGUCUGAACUGACCAAGACUGGAGCAUCCCAGAUCGUUCUUCGUGAGGGUUCCAAGCUCUUUGGGGCCCUAUGCUCCUUUUCCUCACUCAACUCUUUUUUAUCACCCUCUUCUGGAAAGCUUGAAGGCAAUAGCUUCUCCACCUACAAAAGAGAGAAUGUGAAUCUCAGGCUUUGAGUCACCCUCAAGCAUCUGUGGAAGAAACCAGCGUUUUACAUUCUCAACACAGCCUCCAGGCUCUGUGGGCUGGCACCUUAAGCACCACAGUGUAAGAUGAUUUUUUUUUUUUUUUUUGCUUUUCUCCCCGACGACGUGACGCCAGGAUUCCCCACAGCCGGGGUUUUCUCUCACUGAAUGUGGAAGGAGGACAAAUGAAGAAGCCACACUCCCUGGCUGAUGACCUAAUCAGAUCACUUGUUUAUUUUAACUAACAGUUUCUGGUGUAGAGCUGAUAGCUAGAUGAAAUUGUGUUUGCGGAUAUUGCUCUCUGAUGCUGUUCUGAUGCAGACCCGAGCAACGAUGUGCACCCAGUGGCGGGACGGUCCUAAAGAAAGGGUUUCUGGGGCCCCUCCUGAGAACCCGUGCAGUGUUCAUGUGCAGUAUUAGUAUUGCCUUGCAACAGUCAUUUCAAUGGGAACUUUUUUUUUCUGUUUGCACUGUUUAUAAAAUAAUGUAAGCUAAUUCCAUUGUGUAUAUAUAGUAUUUUUUUUAAUUUGUACAAAAAAUAUUUUUAUUUGAACUUUUGGCACUUGGAAGUCCUCAUUGUAACCAUAACAUGUCUGAGAAUAAAAUUGUCUGUGUCCUUCA